CCGCGUUUGGCACGCGUGGUGUUACCUUCCGCUGCUCGCCGCGUUCGAAAUUCGAAAAUUAAAAACGCGCGGGACUUCUGUCAAAAAGUAUUUAUAUUUUAUUCUUUUGAAUAAUUAUUUGUAUACAAUUUAGUUUAAGCUUAAUAUUUUAAAAUGUAAAAUAAUGCUUAUAUAUUAUGUGACGUAUACUCAGCAUAUUUAAGACUAUUUAGUAUUAGUAAAAAACAAAUAUUGUAGAGGUGACAGAACCUCUUUUCAGAAGGAAAAAAUUGGGAGAAGUCGCGCGUUUUUUGUUUUAAAUGAAAUGGAUACGACGUAGAACUUUAAAUGUGAACAGUGAAAAUAAAAAUGAUAGAACAGUGAGUUUUUAGUAAUGGCGAGUAAAAGACUGAUUUUCAUUUGGGCGGUAUGGCUCGCGUUGCCCCUGGCAACGGGCCAUCUCAACGUGCUUAUUAGCCAAGCAGAAGUAAUGAAACUUUUGGGUCUGGAUGCAGAACUAUAUUACGUAAGGGAUGGUGUCGUGAACAACUAUGCAACUGGGUUCGUUGUGCCUGUACCAGCACAUAUUGCAGACCUCGAGUUUAUGUGGCAGGGAUUGGGAAGAAAACCGCUGCCGUAUGUGAUGGGUAUAGACUAUGACGUCAGAGCAGCGAGAACCGCCAUGCUGCCGCCACAAGUUAAUAUAUCCGAGAGAGGAUUCGUGCCUACAACUCAGCAAACAUUUCGAAUUCGCCUGCCAUGCACGGGAGCUGUGAAUCAAGAGAUUUUAGUAUUGAUACAGUUAAAUAUAUCGUCAGCUGAUCGAUCCAAUAAAGACGUGCGCCUACUUUUCAAGAGGAACAAAAUUUGUUUAGCUGGUGUAUCAACAAUAGUCACUCAAAACGAAACUGCAAGAUUAGCGGGGGACGCGGGACGUAACUCAGGCGGAGUGCUAUUCGCUGCUGGCGGUUGUGCCGCAGCAGCAUUGCUGUUACUCGCAGGAGUAGCCGCCGCGGGGACGUUAUAUAAGCGCGGGAACAAAGCAAGACAUCAUGAUUCCAUACACACAUCAUACACGACGGCAGCAUAUCAGUACGGUAGCCAUCAAAACGUUCUUCUUCGAUUGGAUACACUCGGCCGCCCGCCAAGUUCUACGGGAUCUUACGCGACUAUAGCCAGUCUACAUAAGUUUCCAUUCGGGAGUCGAAGAUCACCAUCUCCAUACGCAACCACACACAUCAGUGAUCACGUGUACGCGAAGCCGGAGUCACGUGUGUCCUACUACGCUGCCUCUAACUUAACACAUGUCUCACAGCAAACAAUAACGAAAGAUCGUGUUACGGAUCCGGCGGAACAGCUUCGAUUACUAACCACGCCUCGAUCGAACAUUCGGCUCGAGAUUCUGGUCCAAGAAGGUACUUUUGGGCGAAUUUAUAAGGGCGUGUUCAAGAGAGGAGACACGUAUGAAGAGGUGCUGGUGAAAACUGUGUCAGAUGCUGCGUCAGCCAUGCAAGCGGCUUUAUUAGUAGCUGAAGGUCUACGGUUCUUCGGUCUGGUGCAUGCAAAUGUGCUAUCUCCAAUGGCAGCCUGCGCAGAAGAAGCUAGAAAACCACUCUUAGUAUAUUGUUGCGUAUCACACUCUUCUAAUCUUAAGAGAUAUCUAACGUCAUGUCGGCUGGGACAACAAACGUCUCCGGCAACUCGAGAAUUGGUGGACCUUGGAGCUCAGCUUGCGUGUGGCCUCUCAUUCUUACACGUGCAAAGAGUAGUCCAUGCUGAUGUUGCAUCCAGGAACUGCAUAGUGGAUGAGAAGUUAAGACUGAAGGUGACGGACACGGGUCUGUCACGUGAUCUCUUCCCUGAUGACUACCACUGUCUGGGUGACAACGAGAACCGACCAGUGAAAUGGAUGGCACCCGAAGCACUUCUUCACAACCAGUACACUACAGCUGCUGAUGUGUGGUCAUUGGGAGUAACGCUAUGGGAGUUAGCGACCUUGGGGUCAUCACCUCUGGCCGAGUUGGAUCCAGCUGAUGUUGGAGCUUUUCUUACUGGCGGGUAUCGACCAGCGCAACCGCAUAACUGUCCUGACGAAUUGUACGGUCUAAUGUGUUGGUGUUGGACGACAUCUGCCGCCGCCCGCCCAUCGGCGCCGCAAUUACUCGCCGCCCUACACGACUUUCGGCAAGCUCUUAGCACUUAUAUCUAAUUUUUCACUCUUAAUAGUUUUAACUAAAACCACUAUUCAACCAAGGUCAUUCCUUGUUACUUCAUUAUUAAAAGGUCCUUUAUUUGUUCUAUACUUUCAUGUCUUAUGCCCGGGUUCUAUACAAAUUAAUCAGUCGAUUAUAAAUUAGUAUAGCGUUUAGAGCGACUUUUUGUUCUGAAAUGUAAAUUUCGUUUUAUCUAGUCAGGAAGAUGUUUUUUGUAUACUCGUGUUCAAGAUAUUAUUAUUAUUAUAUAUACAUUUUGCUACGAAUCUUUGGCUAGUUGUUUUCAUUGUAUUUAAAAUAUAGAACUCGGACGUUAGAUAUAAUUUUGAUUAAUGUGGAUUUUAUAUUUCAUUCUCUUCUAUUCACAAUAAUAUAAUACCAAAGUGCCUGUGUGCUCAGUUUCAUUGUUUUUAUUUACGUGCUGUAAGGGACCAAUAUCGAAAGGUCACAGACAAUUUUAAUUAUUUUAAUUGAUUUAUCGGCAAAGUAUAACCUUACCAAAGAACUAAUAUUAAUUGUAGCUCAUUGGUCAAAGUAAUAUUCAUAGCCAUGGUUGGUUCCCAGGGAAAUAAUAAUUUGGUAGGAAGGCCUGAAAGGUUGACCUGAAUAUUAAAAUGGACUCCGUUAGGAAGUAAUAAGUCAGAAGUUAGGUUAUAAACAUUAGUACUACUCAAACAACAACGCCAAAGAUUACCCAAAAAUUAUUUGCAGUGGAAAUACCAUUAAUUUGAAUGGUAUUAAAAAAUGAAAUAAUCGCUUGUAAGAUUUUGCAUACAAAUUUCUAUGUCGAUUUCAUGGUAAUACUAUACAGUGGCUAGCUUUCUUUUAAGACUAGAAAAGUGAGACUGGAAAAUUCACUAAAUGUAGUGAAGUGUAAAGUGUAUAAGCCAUAACUGAAUUCGUGGAAUUCAAAUUAAUGUCUAAUUGCACUUUAAGAUGUAUAUACAAUUGUAGAAUAAACUUUAAUCAAAUCUAAGUGUCUAUUUUAUAAUGUAGAUAUUAAAUUGUACAUAAAGAGAAGUCAAUGCAAAAUGGAAUUUAAUUUUUAUGAUCGUUAGGCUAUGGCGUUUUGUUUCGUGUAAUUGAUAUACAUAGAAGUAUUUUCCAAUGAAUUGAAUCUUUG